CCGGGGUCAGUCCAGAUUAUUCUUGAGGUUAUUCGGGCUUAUUCGGAUGGCACUUCCGACGGUACUUAUGACAAAUACCCCAGCGCCUAGUGUGUACCGAUGAGAUGGUGUUCCAAGCAGUUACAUAUGUCGGCUUGCUCAGUCUAGGAUUAAUUAGAGGCUUUCCUAGUUAUGCUAGGGGCUCGGGGAUGAUGGGGAUACUUUGGUCGACCCCCUUAUUGUUGACUUCGACUUUGCAAGGUUCAAAUCCCGGUCUCCUGAGCCGCGACGUGACAUUCCCGUGUUUCAACCAUUGCAUUGCACAAAGCACCAUGUACAUUGCCAAGGCAUUGAACGCAGGAAGGCAAGGUCGAUUAUUCAAGACAAAUGGGUGGUCAUCCGGUAUAGAACACGCAAUCUGAUUGUGUUUGGAUAGCUCCGAGGAGAUAUGGUCGCAUGAUAGUCAAGGGAUCUUUCCUUUGAUGGUAAGUUCUGGGAUGAGC